AUGAAUUACAGUGAAAAUGAACCGAUUGUCCUUGAGGAAGAGGAUUACGAUUGGUGGGAAGAACAUUGUGCAAUUAUUCCACCGGAACAGAGUAGGUUAUUUCUUGUUGGUGUGGCCGGUGCAAUCAUCGCUUCAAUCUCCGUUGUGUUCAAUAUGUUUCUGUUCUGUAUAUUGGUUCGAAACAGGCGUUAUCGAUCGUCAAGUUUGAUCUACUUAACGUUUCUCGCUUUAGCGGAUACGUUUCUGUCAGCAGCAUAUAUCCUCUUGUUCCCUGUAAAUCUCUACAUGGAUUAUUUCGCUUCCGAUUUUUUGGCAGCCGCAUGGUGGUCGUAUAUGCGAAUAAUCAUCACCACAUCGCAUGUGUUCAUCUCAGCAUCGGCAUUUCUCAUCGUUGCAGCUGCGUUUGAAAGAUAUAUAACUAUAUCGAAAAUCCGAAAUCAGUUUGCACGACAUCAUCGUCUUGUUAUUUCUGCAAUGGCCUUGGUAUUUGCGAUGAUAGCAAAGCUACCAAUGUUCUUCGAAGUUCAAGUCGUUCCGAACGGAAAUUGUACGGGUGUCACAUCGUUGACAGCCAUAGUGAGUGAAUUCAGUGAGACAGAACCAUAUAAGAGCUGUUACAAGUUCUGGUUUCGCAGCAUUAUCACCAUAGUGUUACCAUUCAUUUUAUGCUUUUAUCUGAAUUUCGGCAUUAUUCGACGUCUUCGAAAACAACAUCAAGGAGCCAAACUCUUCCGAUUUGCAACUUCCGAGCAUCGUAGAAAUAUCCGAUCAGCAACUCUAAUGUUGGUUUUUGUGACGUGCACCUACCUCGGCUCAAAUCUGCUCAACGUCAUUGUCUACACAUGGGAGCUCAUCGAUAAGCCCUCUUUGAUGUCGGAUGAGCUACGACCAUUCUAUACGCUGUCUUCAGAUCUUGUAUCGCUUUUCACAGUACUUGCGAGCGCAUGCCGUUUACCGAUUUAUAUUGCAUGCAAUGCAAGAAUUCGUUGCGAAGUCUUGGAUGCGCUCAACAACUGCGUUCUGUUUAGAGCUGGAAAGGAUGAGAAGAUCAAAUCUCCAAAAAACCUAAGAAGUCGCGCAACUACUGUGCGCUAUUGUGAUACUGGAUGUGGUUUUAUGGUCUACGAGCCAUUGAACAAGAAAGGAGAGGCAAGAAUGCGUAGUGUUGGCACAGGACUGGAUCGAAUCGUCCUCUCGGUGGCUAUGGGCAGCAUGGGGACAACGGGAAAUAGGAGUUUGACAGUGCCUUCAUUCGACGUUACAAAGCAGUUACUUGAGGAAAAUCACGAAAGCUAA